UGGAGAAGGUACUUUUUUGUCGAUCUGUGAAUCCAUUACGGUCACGCGGAAGAAGUUGCGGAAUGUGGAAAACUAGUAUUAAUAACAAUUCACACUGGCAAAUUAAUAAUAGUAAACGCCAAAUAAAUAAUAAAAAAUAAAAUUGAAACAGGAAUCUAGCGCUGUUUUCUAGUUUGUUAACUAUGGAAUUCUUUGGAUUAACUUUGUAUGGACCUCAAAACUACAUAAAAGAUAUUAUGAGAGAAGAAUACCAGGAACCAAAUAAUAAAGAUGAUGUAAACCCCUUAAUGCGAAAAAUUAUUAUGUAUUCUACUAUGCCUAAACAGAUACAAAGACCUGACGUCGAUGCUAUCAGUUUGAUAGAUUGUUAUCUAGGUAGGGUCAAUGGGUUUGCAUAUGGAUCAAUUCAAAGGUUUAUUACAAUGAAAAGAAAAGGUGUCAUCAAACCAGCUGGACCCUCCGACAUGUAUAGAUUUCCACCUACAACAUCAAUGGAGUUUGGAUGGUGGCAACAUGAUCCAGAAAUAACAUUAACUACUUGGCACCAUACUCAUCCAAGAUAUCCACAACCUGCAUCCCCAAAUACUUUAAUCCUUGACAAAGUUAGAAAAAACAAUAAGUAUGCUACAUUGUUUUAG